CAGAGUCAGAUGAAGCCCUUUAUCUACUGACCCAGAGUCAGAUGAAGCCCUUUAUCUACUGACCCAGAGUCAGAUGAAGCCCUUCAUCUACUGACCCAGAGUCAGAUGAAGCUCUUUAUCUACUGACCCAGAGUCAGAUGAAGCCCUUUAUCUACUGACCCAGAGUCAGAUGAAGCCCUUCAUCUACUGGCCCAGUCAGAUGAACUUGUGGGAAACAUUUGUGGUGACAGAAAUUAACUGAGGUUCAAGGUAAUUAAGUAAGAUGACGUAUAGUUAGUCUUCAAGGUACUAAACUGAGUGAUUGUGUGAAGAAGAUACAAUGAAGAAAACAUUGUGCCAGUAAAUCUGAAUUAGAACAGCGUGUCGUACAAGUUCCUCUUUCUGGUCCUCUGUCUAAACCAAAUGUUGAAGGCAGAGUGCCAAAAGAGCUUCUGGGUAGGGGCAGAAUCCUGUUGUUGAGAUAGAAGUCACGACAACAGCUCAGCAUUAGGGUUGACAACUGAGAUGUGUCAGUUCUCAGAAACAUCUUCCGAGAACUGAAACCACAUCCUGACCACACCGAGAGUUUCACCUGACAGCUGAGCAGCAUGUUUUAGUUUAAACCCUGAUAUGUGCCUUUUGCAAACUGCUUGUGUAAGAUGGUGACACUUGAAUCUCAUGUAAAAGAGUGUCUAUAUAAGAGAGCUGUUGUUCCUGAAUCAUUGGUCUCUCUACCAUGCACCCUGAGUGAUGGUUGACCUCAUGUCUCCACAUAUUAAUACAGCUGUUGUUACUGAAUCAUUGGUCUCUCUACCAUGCACCCUGAGUGAUGGUUAACCUCAUGUCUCCACAUAUUAAUACAGCUGUUGUUCCUGAAUCAUUGGUCUCUCUACCAUGCACCCUGAGUGAUGGUUGACCUCAUGUCUCCACAUAUUAAUACAGCUGUUGUUGAAAGAUUCUUCAGUCUCUCCCCUUUCUGGGUAGAAUUUCCACGACAGUUUUAUGUCUCUGCGUGCAGUUUUUAAGAGAUUGCCCAGUGAUUAUACUCUGAGGAGAGCUAGGCAUUUUUUUUAGCAUUUUGAAUUCCUUUCAAAAGUGAUUUGUGAAACAUUUAUUUUUAACAAAACCCAUGACAUUGUCACGGGUGUCGUUGGGUAGAGAUGACCAAUACGCAGCAGGAAUGUGGAUGCUCAUCUUGAAUAUUUAUUAAACAAAGAGAGCACGGAAAAAAUAACAAAAACGACAGAAGACGGUUUAACAGGCUAUACUAACAACAGCAGUGCUAAAGACAACUGCUGAAUGAAUGAUGAACAGCUGUUCCUGAUCGAGAGCCACACAGACUACAAAGAAAUAUACAAACUAGAACACCAUAGAAAACUAACACUAGAACAAUUACUCAAAAACCCCGGACUACCUAAACCAAACACCCCUACAAUAUUCACACUCAAUCUAAACCACACAAAACAAAUAUCCUUCUGCCACGUCCUGACCAAAUAUUAAUACAAUUACUCCCUCUGCUGGUUAGGACGUGACAGACAUUUUCUUAUUAAACCAGUUCUUUGCCUCCAGUGUCCUGGUGAGGGCCUGAAAAUUUGGGCAGAAAUUACUACAUACAAAUACAAAAUACCAUAAAGAUCAAUGUUUCAAAAUAAACUACUAAAUACUUGUAUUUUGUAAUGUAUAUAAUUACAUGUAAUGUAUUUAAUUUUAUGUACAAAAUACAUUUGGAAGUGUCCGGCCCGAACAGCAACAACAUUCUCAGUAACGGAUACAAAACCUAUUUUCUUGCUUGUUGACAGUGAUACUGUAUGUUGUUAUAUACCUUAGUUGAGCAAGUCACUCUGAAGAAGAUAAAUGACUAAAAUGGAAAUGUAUAUGUGAAAAUUAACAUACCAAAUGAACUGUAAAGCACACUGGAUAUUAUUAUUGGUCUUGUUUCGGGACAGAGCUCAUUAGAAUAAUACUCAGCAUGCUUUGCAUAUUAUUAAUUUUACAUUUACAAGUAAAUAAUUUAGCAGACACUCUUAUCCAGAGAGUCUUUCAAUUAGUGCAGUCAUCUUAAGACAGCCAGGUGACAAAACUAUAUAUUACAAUCGUAUCAAGUACAUUUCCCCUAAACGAAGUAUUUCUAAUUUAUGUCAAGUAGGAAGACACUUCCUGUAGAUACAGAGUACACAGUCAAGUAGGAAGCCACUCCCUUUCCUCUGGUGUAGAGUUCAAUGAAACAGAAAGUCAUCAUUCACACUGAACAGAAAGUCAUCUUUCACACUGAACAGAAAGUCAUCUUUCACACUGAACAGAAAGUCAUCUUUCACACUGAACAGAAAGUCAUCUUUCACACUGAACAGAAAGUCAUCUUUCACACUGCCAUUGCUUAACCUACGGGAGAGAGAACCAAAAUGGCAGAGAAUCAGGAACUGUUCUUUUGCUCCAUCUGUCUGGAUCUACUGAAGGAUCCGGUGACUACUGCCUGUGGACACAGUUACUGUAUGGACUGUAUUAAAGAAAGCUGGGAUCAGGAUCGCCUGAAAGGCUUUUACAGCUGUCCACAGUGCAGACAGACCUUUAUCCCAAGGCCUGUUCUGAACAGGAGCACUGUGCUGGCUGAGGUGGUGGAGAAACUGAAGAAGACAAGACUCCAGGCUGCUCCCCCUCCUGCUCUGUGCUAUGCUGGACCUGGAGAUGUGGCAUGUGAUUCCUGCACUGGGACCAGAAAGCAGAAAGCCCUCAUGUCCUGUCUGGCGUGUCUGGCCUCUUACUGUGAGACUCACCUCCAACCUCACUACGAAUCUCCUGCUUUCAAGAAGCACAAGCUGGUCAAAGCCACCGCACAACUACAGGAGAAGAUCUGCUCUCAUCAUGACAAACUGCUGGAGGUUUACUGUCGUACCGAUCAGCAGUGUAUCUGUCUGCUGUGUACAAUGGAUGAACAUAAAGGCCAUGAUACAGUGUCAGCUGCAGCAGAGAGGACUGAGAAACAGAGGCAGCUGGGGAUGAAUCAGCAGAAGGUCCAGCAGAGAUUCCAGGAGAGAGAGAAGGAGCUGAAGGAGCUCCAACAGGCUAUGGAGUCUUUCAAGGUUAUUAUUGUUGACCAGAGGAGACACACCAUUUCACUUUUCUCCUCCAGUCAGAGAGAGAGAGAGAGAGAGGGAGAGUGGCCCCUCUCCAAUCCCACUGACCCCACUGUUGAACAGGCUGUCUGGACCCCUUUCAGAGAAUAGACUACUUAAUGUAACUGACGGGAUAUGAACCCAGGUUUACCGCGGGAGAAACCAACAUCUUGACCAUUACAUCAAGAGAACAUUCCCUAUUGGGCCGACACUGAUUUAGAAGUCACAGGCGGGGCUACCUCAUCACACAACCAUUGGUAACCAUGUCCCCUAUACAUUAACAUGGAGCUCUCAAUUCGAUUCAAAGGGCUUUAUUGGCAUGGGAAAAAUAUGUUUACAUUGCCAAAGCAAGUGAAAUAGACCAUAAACAAAUGUGAAAUAAAAUAAAUUAGAAGUGAAUAGUAAACAUUACACUCAACA